AUGGGACUACUGGCGCUACAGCGGCUCAUAACUCUGCAGCGCGACCGGCAGCGUCGUCGUCUGAAACAAAUCCGAGGCCAGCAUGCUUCAUCAGUGAACAAAAGAAAGGGUUUGCUCUGUCAACAAGAUGGUGAUUCUCGAGCUGCCAAAAUAAUGAGAUGUUCAAUCCCAGAACUUCCUGAGGACAUUUGGCGCCAUAUACAUUACCUAAUGCCGCUGCGUGAUGCUGCUCGUGCUGCUUGCCUGUCCCGUGCCUUUCUACGUUCCUGGAGAUGUCUUCCCAAUCUCACCCUGAACUGGGAUGUGCUCAGCUCAGAAACACAUACACAUAGAGGGAGUUUUAGUUACAAAAUAGACUGCAUUCUAAGAAAUCACUCAGGCUGCUUGAAGGUAUUGGACCUUAAUCUAGAGGAUAUCUCCUGCCGUUAUCUCGACAACUGGCUUGCUGACGCAGUUACACCAGGAAUUGAAGAACUUACCCUUACGCCAUAUAGACGCAAGUACAAUGUCCCAUGCUCAUUUUUAUCUGACGGGGUUAGAAACUCCAUUCAACAUCUUGAGCUUGGGAUCUGUACCUUCCGCCCCACCGCUGAACUUGGCCCCUUGAGAAGCCUAACGAGUCUAUGUCUCUGUACUGUGCGCAUUACUGGGGAUGAAUUGGAGUCUUUUCUUUGCAACGCUCUUGCUUUGGAGCAACUGGAACUCUUUGAUUGCAAGGAGAUAGUUUGCCUGAAGAUACCAUGCGUGCUACGGCGACUCGGCUACCUGAAGAUCUUUGGGUGUUGGAGGCUGCAGGUUAUAGAGAGCAAAGCUCCAAAUCUCUCCAGCUUUUUCCUUACCGGUAAAAUUUCAAAAGUCUCGCUUGGAGAAACCUUGCACAUGAAGAAUCUAACCAUGCACCGUAAAAACGUUGUCUGUUAUGCACGUGCUGAGUUUCCAUGCGUUAUGCCAAAUCUUGAGACUCUAGUCCUAAAUUCAGGGGAGGAGGUGGUCAGUACACCAAUGCUGUCUAGCAAAUUCUUCUACCUCAAGCACCUGUCCAUUGACAUAUCAUCAGCAUUGAGCUUUUCCUCGUCCUAUGAUUAUUUUUCUUUGGUAUCUUUCCUUGAUGCAUCUCCUUGCUUGGAGACAUUAAUCUUGAAUGUGACUCAGCAACUUAUGAAGCAUGAAUCGGUUGUUGGAGGUUCCUCACAUUUGAGGCAGAUGCCUGAACACCAGCACUGCUGCCUCAAGAGUGUGACCAUCACAGGGUUUAGCUCUGCCAAGGGCUUGGUUGAGCUAGCAUGUUAUAUUCUCAGCAACGCAGUUUCACUUGAGUGUCUGACACUGGACACGCUCUAUGGUUUUAGGUGUCUUGGAAAAAAAGAUACAACAUGCAUCCCCAUGAGAGACUCUAUUCUCAGGGAAGCCCGUAGAACGGUCACAGCUAUUAGAGCAUACAUUGAGGAUAAAGUUCCCCCUACAGUACAGCUAACUGUUCUAAAGCCCUGUAGCCGGUGCCAUGCUAGACCAAGGUUGUCGGAAUCAGGAUCCUAUGUGGGAUUUUCUGUCUGA